AUGGAUCACACCGCUCCCUCCCCAACUGGCCACCCCCACCUCCCAACAGUCAUCGAAAUCAUCUCCACACUAGGUCGAGAACUGCUAGAAGCAAAAGAACGAAUCCAGCAGCUCGAACUCGAACUCGCUCUCGGUUCUUGUUCGCGUCCAUGUCGCGAGAGCCAGGUCCCCGGGCUCCAGCUGCAGAGGGUUUCCCAGUCCAAACCUGGCUCACAGCUAAUACCCGCCACUGGAACUGAUCCAAGUUCAUCCCGACCGACACCGAGGGUACCGGCACCGACAGCAUCCCAACCAACAUCGACUGUUCCCGCUUCGUCCCAAACGACAGCGACGUUACCGCUACCAACAACAUCCCAACUCGAGAACCUCGAAUCCCGCAUCCACCAACUCCAAGAAGAACGCGAGACGCUCCUCGAGGAAGGAUGGAAGUUAAAGCUCAAAGUUACGAACUUGCAGACGGAGAUUGAUACCAUUCGCGGGAUUAAGAGGGAAGAACUUGCGGCUCAGGCUCUUUCGUCGAGUCUUCACCGUCAGAACGAGGAAAACGUCAAGCGAAAAACUAGCGAUGAACACGAUCGCGUGCUCGACCUCGAAGCAACCAUCGCCUCACUUAAAUCCGACCUCGACGAACGAGACUUCAAGAUCUCCGAGUUGAAACAGGCCAACAGCCUCCUGGAACGACGUGGAAAGGCCUGGAGUCUCCAAGACUACCUCCCCAUCUUAACCCACCUCCCUAACGUAGCCGGCCGGCCUGGCCCGCGUGGUAUGCCCUUGUGCAGCGUUAUGGAGAGAGGGGUGUUGGAAGGGGCGUUGAAAGGGGUGCUGGAAGGGAUGUUAGCUCAGCCUGAGAACGACAGAACGAACGGCGCUAACGCUAACGCGACGCCCUACCUCUACCUCCCGCGCGCCCUCCUCUGCCUCCCAGGCGAGGCACAGCACAACCUCGCUCUAGCGCCAAAGUAUAGGUUCGACGUGGAGGGUGGGGUUGCAGAACAACUGGCUGAAGCUACGAUCAUCAACUUUCUACACGACUCUGAGACUGUGAAUCCCGACUCCGUUACCUCCGAGUCCGAGUCGAAAGAAACCACCCACCAAGCAAUGACGACUGAAAGCACCCACCAAGCAAUGACGAAAGAACGCACCCACCAAGCAAUGACGAAUGGGAGCACCCAACAACAAACGAUGCCUCCGUACACCCUCCAAAAGGAACCAACGCCGACCUACAAAUACACCCUUCUCAAGGAAACAUUCGCCUCGAUGUACGCUAACGGAGUUCUCAGAGUCGAGUGCAUGGUUCUGCAGUGCGUGGGGUAUGAUGAGGAGCUGUGUCGGCGCAUCGUGAAGGAGUUGGACGAGUUGGAAGAGUCGGAGGAGUAG